UCUCGCGAGAGUAGGUGGGAGCGCGCCAAAUUCUCCCCGGACCGUCAGGAAACUUGUGAGCUGCGCGAUGGUCCUCAGGAACUCUGGACGUAGGCACGCCGAACCGGGCGCGGACGGCGAAGGCAGCCGGGAUGAUGGUCCCUCUUCCUCAGUCUCAGCACUCAAGCGUCUGGAACGCAGCCAGUGGACAGAUAAGAUGGACUUUAGGUUUGGUUUUGAGAGGCUGAAAGAGCCUGGAGAAAGGACCGGCUGGCUCAUCAACAUGCACCCUACUGAGAUUUUAGAUGAAGACAAACGCUUAGUCAGUGCAGUGGAUUACUACUUCAUUCAAGAUGAUGGAAGCAGAUUUAAGGUGGCCUUGCCCUAUAAGCCGUAUUUCUACAUUGCAACCAGAAAGGGUUGUGAGCGUGAAGUUUCAUCUUUUCUAUCCAAGAAGUUUCAGGGUAAAAUUGCAACACUAGAGAAUGUUCCCAAAGAAGAUCUGGACUUGCCAAAUCACUUGGUCGGCUUGAAGCGGAGUUACAUCAAACUGUCCUUCCACACUGUAGAGGACCUUGUCAAAGUGAGGAAGGAGAUCUCCCCUGCUGUGAAAAAGAACCGGGAGCAGGACCAUACCAGUGAUGAGUACACAGCAAUGCUUUCCAGUAUUCUGCAAGGAGGCAAUGUAAUUACUGAUGAAGAGGAAACCUCUAAGAAGAUAUCUGACCAGUUGGACAACAUAGUGGACAUGCGGGAGUAUGAUGUUCCCUACCACAUUCGCCUCUCCAUUGAUCUCAAAAUCCAUGUGGCUCAUUGGUACAAUGUCAGAUUUCGAGGAAAUGCUUUUCCUGUGGAAAUCACCCGACGAGUUGAUCUUGUUGAACGACCUGACCCUGUGGUUUUGGCAUUUGACAUUGAGACAACCAAACUGCCUCUCAAAUUUCCUGAUGCUGAAACAGACCAGAUUAUGAUGAUUUCCUAUAUGAUUGAUGGCCAGGGCUACCUCAUCACUAACAGGGAGAUUGUUUCAGAAGAUAUUGAAGAUUUUGAGUUCACUCCCAAACCAGAAUAUGAAGGGCCCUUUUGUGUCUUCAAUGAACCCGAUGAGGUCCAUUUGAUCCAGAGAUGGUUUGAGCAUGUCCAGGAGACCAAACCUACUAUUAUGGUCACCUACAAUGGGGAUUUUUUUGACUGGCCAUUUGUGGAGGCUAGGGCAGCAGUCCAUGGCCUGAGCAUGUACCAGGAGAUAGGUUUCCAGAAGGACAGCCAGGGGGAAUAUAAAGCAUCCCAGUGCAUCCACAUGGACUGCCUCAGGUGGGUGAAGAGGGACAGCUACCUUCCUGUGGGCAGUCAUAAUCUCAAGGCAGCUGCCAAGGCCAAACUUGGCUAUGACCCUGUAGAGCUGGACCCCGAGGACAUGUGUCGUAUGGCCACUGAGCAGCCUCAGACUCUGGCCACUUACUCAGUGUCAGAUGCUGUUGCCACUUACUACCUGUACAUGAAGUAUGUCCAUCCCUUCAUAUUCGCCCUGUGCACCAUUAUUCCCAUGGAACCUGAUGAGGUGCUGCGGAAAGGCUCUGGAACACUGUGUGAAGCCUUGUUGAUGGUGCAAGCUUUCCACGCCAACAUUAUCUUCCCCAAUAAGCAAGAGCAGGAGUUCAACAAGCUGACAGAUGAUGGCCAUGUGCUGGAUGCUGAGACCUACGUGGGGGGCCAUGUGGAAGCACUAGAGUCUGGUGUCUUCCGAAGUGAUAUCCCGUGCCGGUUUAAGAUGAAUCCUGCAGCCUUUGAUUUCCUGCUACAGCGAGUUGAGAAAACUAUGCGCCAUGCCAUUGAAGAAGAAGAGAAGGUGCCUAUGGAACAAGUCACCAACUUUCAAGAGGUGUGUGAUCAGAUUAAGGCCAAGCUCACCUGCCUAAAAGAUGUUCCUAACAGAAUAGAAUGCCCUCUUAUCUACCAUCUAGAUGUUGGGGCCAUGUAUCCUAACAUAAUCCUUACAAACCGCCUGCAGCCUUCUGCCAUAGUGGAUGAGGCCACCUGUGCUGCCUGUGACUUCAAUAAGCCUGGAGCAAAUUGUCAGAGGAAGAUGGCCUGGCAGUGGAGGGGAGAAUUCAUGCCAGCAAGUCGCAGUGAAUACCAUCGAAUCCAACAUCAGCUGGAGUCAGAGAAGUUUCCUCCUUUGUUCCCAGAGGGGCCAGCCCGGGCCUUUCAUGAGCUGUCCCGUGAGGAACAGGCUAAAUAUGAGAAGCGGAGGCUGGCAGAUUAUUGCCGGAAAGCCUAUAAGAAGAUCCAUAUGACCAAGGUAGAAGAACGUCUGACAACCAUCUGCCAGCGGGAAAACUCAUUUUAUGUGGACACAGUUCGCGCCUUUCGAGACAGGCGCUACGAGUUCAAAGGGCUGCACAAGGUAUGGAAGAAGAAGCUCUCAGCAGCUGUAGAGGUGGGUGAUGCAUCGGAGGUGAAGCGCUGCAAGAACAUGGAGAUCCUUUAUGACUCACUGCAGCUGGCUCACAAGUGCAUCCUCAACUCCUUCUAUGGCUAUGUCAUGCGCAAAGGGGCUCGCUGGUACUCCAUGGAGAUGGCUGGUAUCGUCUGCUUCACAGGAGCCAACAUCAUCACCCAGGCAAGAGAGCUGAUUGAGCAGAUCGGGAGGCCCUUAGAACUGGACACAGAUGGAAUAUGGUGUGUCCUACCCAAUAGUUUUCCUGAAAAUUUUGUCAUCAAGACAACCAAUGUGAAGAAACCCAAACUGACCAUCUCCUAUCCUGGUGCCAUGUUGAACAUCAUGGUCAAGGAAGGCUUCACCAACCACCAGUAUCAGGAACUGAUGGAGCCUUCCUCGCUCACCUAUGUCACCCGCUCUGAGAACAGCAUCUUUUUUGAAGUUGAUGGACCAUACCUUGCUAUGAUACUCCCAGCCUCUAAGGAAGAAGGCAAGAAACUGAAGAAGAGAUACGCUGUAUUUAAUGAAGAUGGUUCCUUGGCUGAACUGAAAGGUUUUGAGGUGAAACGCCGAGGGGAGUUACAGCUGAUUAAAAUAUUCCAGUCCUCAGUGUUUGAGGCCUUCCUCAAGGGCAGCACACUGGAGGAAGUGUAUGGCUCUGUGGCCAAGGUGGCUGACUACUGGCUCGAUGUGCUCUAUAGCAAGGCUGCUAACAUGCCUGAUUCUGAAUUGUUUGAGCUGAUUUCUGAGAACCGUUCCAUGUCUCGGAAGCUAGAAGAUUAUGGGGAGCAGAAGUCUACAUCCAUCAGCACAGCAAAGCGCCUGGCUGAAUUUUUGGGAGACCAAAUGGUCAAGGAUGCUGGACUAAGCUGUCGCUAUAUCAUCUCCAGAAAGCCAGAGGGAUCUCCUGUCACUGAGAGGGCCAUUCCACUUGCCAUUUUCCAAGCAGAGCCUACAGUGAGGAAACAUUUUCUGAGGAAAUGGCUAAAGAGUUCAUCACUUCAAGACUUUGAUAUUCGCACAAUUCUGGACUGGGACUACUACAUAGAGCGGCUAGGAAGUGCCAUCCAGAAAAUCAUCACUAUCCCUGCAGCUCUGCAGCAGGUGAAGAACCCAGUUCCACGUGUCAAACACCCAGACUGGCUGCAUAAAAAAUUGCUAGAAAAGAAUGAUGUCUACAAGCAGAAGAAGAUCAGUGAACUCUUUGUCCUUGAAGGAAAGAGACAGAUUGUGAUGGCACAGGCUUCAGAAAACAAUCUGAGUGUCUGCACUCCAGACAUCGAGGACUUUGGACUCACAAAGCCAUACCACUCUGCAGUCCCAGUUGCUACUAAGAGGAAGCGAGUCUGGGAGAGCCAAGAGGAGUCUCAGGAUAUUGCACUAACUGUGCCCUGGCAAGAGGUCUUGGGGCAGCCUCCCUCCCUCGGAACUACCCAAGAAGAGUGGUUGGUCUGGCUCCAGUUCCACAAGAAAAAGUGGCAGCUACAGGCCCAACAGCGCCUGGCCCGCAGGAAGAAGCAACGUCUAGAGUCAACAGAGGAUGUGCCAAGGCUUGGGGCUAUCCGAGAGGGACCUGCCACGGGGCUGGGAAGCUUUUUGCGACGGACUGCCCGAAGUAUUCUGGACCUUCCAUGGCAGAUUGUACAGAUCAGUGAGACCAACCAGGCUGGUCUCUUCAGGCUAUGGGCCAUCAUCGGCAGUGACUUGCACUGCAUCAAGCUGAGCAUCUCUCGAGUAUUCUAUGUGAACCAGCGGGUAGCCAAAGCAGAGGAAGGACCUUCAUAUCGAAAGGUGAAUCGGGCUCUUCCUCGUUCCAACAUGGUCUACAAUCUCUAUGAGUAUUCAGUACCAGAGGACAUGUACCAAGAACACAUCAACGAGAUCAACACUGAGUUGUCAGCACCAGACAUUGAGGGCGUGUAUGAGACUCAGGUCCCGUUGUUAUUCCGGGCCCUUGUACAGCUGGGCUGUGUGUGUGUAGUCAACAAACAGCUGGUAAGGCACCUUUCAGGAUGGGAAGCUGAAACCUUUGCCCUCGAGCACCUAGAAAUGCGUUCACUGGCUCAGUUCAGCUACUUGGAACCAGGGAGUAUCCGCCACAUCUACCUGUACCACCACUCACAGGGCCACAAGGCACUCUUUGGUGUCUUUAUCCCCUCUCAGCGAAGAGCAUCUGUGUUUGUAUUGGAUACUGUGCGCAGCAACCAAAUGCCCAGCCUCAGUGCCCUGUACUCAGCAGAACAUAGCCUGCUACUGGAGAAGGUGGACCCCAAGCUCCUCCCUCCCCCCAAACACACCUUUGAAGUUCGUGCUGAAACCAACCUGAAGACGAUCUGCAGAGCUAUCCAACGCUUCCUGCUUGCCUAUAAGGAAGAACGCCGGGGGCCCACACUCAUCGCUGUCCAGUCUAACUGGGAGCUGUGUAGACUGGCCAGUGAGAUUCCUGUCUUAGAGGAGUUCCCACUGGUGCCUGUCCGAGUGGCUGACAAGAUCAGCUAUGGAGUUCUGGACUGGCAGCGCCAUGGAGCCCGCCGAAUGAUCUGGCACUACCUCAAUUUAGACACUUGCCUUUCACAGGCUUUUGAGAUGAGCAGGUAUUUCCACAUCCCCGUUGGGAACCUACCAGAAGACAUUUCCACCUUUGGCUCCGACCUUUUUUUUGCACGCCACCUCCAGCGCCACAACCACCUGCUUUGGCUGUCUCCUACCUCUCGGCCUGACCUGGGUGGGAAGGAAGCUGAUGACAAUCGCCUUGUCAUGGAGUUUGAUGAUCGAGCCACUGUGGAAAUCAAUAGUCCUGGCUGUUAUUCCACUGUGUGCGUGGAGUUGGACAUUCAAAAUCUGGCAGUCAACACCAUCCUCCAGUCCCACCAUAUCAAUGACAUGGAGGGGGCUGGCAGCAUGGGCAUCAGCUUCGAUGUGAUUCAGCAGGCCUCCCUAGAGGACAUGGUCACAGGCAAUCAAGCUGCCAAUGCCCCAGCCAGCUAUGAUGAGACAGCCCUCUGCUCUAGCACCUUCAGGAUCCUGAAGAGCAUGGUAGUUGGCUGGGUAAAGGAGAUCACACAGUACCACAAUAUCUAUGCUGACAAUCAGGUUAUGCACUUCUACCGCUGGCUCCAGUCACCAUGUUCUCUGCUCCAUGACCCAGCCUUGCACCGGACACUACACAAUAUGAUGAAGAAGCUCUUCUUGCAGCUCAUUGCUGAGUUCAAGCGGCUGGGGUCAUCAGUCAUCUAUGCCAACUUCAAUCGCAUCAUCCUUUGUACAAAGAAGCGCCGGAUAGAGGAUGCCCUUGCCUAUGUGGAAUAUAUCACCAACAGCAUCCAUUCUAAAGAGAUCUUCCAUUCCCUGACAAUCUCUUUCUCUCGAUGCUGGGAAUUUCUUCUCUGGAUGGAUCCAUCCAACUAUGGUGGAAUCAAAGGAAAAGUUCCAUCUAGUAUUCACUGUGGACAGCAAGACUCCCAGGAAAAGGAGGAAACCAAGGAUGAGGAAGAUGAGGAAGAGGAUGAGGAGGAAGAGGGUAUGGAGGAAUCUGAGGUUGAGGACCUACUGGAGAACAACUGGAACAUUCUGCAGUUUUUGCCACAGGCAGCCUCUUGCCAGAGCUACUUCCUCAUGAUUGUUUCAGCAUACAUCGUGGCUGUGUACCAUAGCAUGAAGAAUGAAUUGAGACACACUGUCCCAGGCAGUACCCCUGUGAAGAGGAAGGGGGCUAGCCAGUUCUCCCAAGAGGCUAACGGGGCAGCUGGAGCCCUUCCUGGAAUGGUCACCUUCUCUCAAAAUUAUGUGGCAAAUGAGCUCACUCAGAGCUUCUUCACCAUCACUCAGAAAAUUCAGAAGAAAGUCACAGGCUCUCGGAACUCCACUGAGCCCUCAGAGAUGUUCCCUGUCCUCCCUGGUUCACACUUGCUGCUCAAUAAUCCUGCUCUGGAGUUCAUCAAAUAUGUGUGCAAGGUAUUGUCCCUGGAUACAAACAUCACAAAUCAGGUGAAUAAGCUGAACCGAGACCUACUUCGCCUGGUAGACGUUGGUGAAUUCUCUGAAGAGGCCCAGUUCAGAGACCCCUGCCACUCCUACGUGCUCCCUGAGGUGAUUUGCCACAGCUGUAAUUUCUGCCGAGACCUGGACCUGUGCAAAGAUUCCUCCUUCUCUCAGGAUGGGGCCAUCCUCCCUCAGUGGCUCUGCUCCAAUUGUCAGGCCCCCUACGACUCAGCUGCCAUUGAGUCAGCCUUGGUGGAAGUCCUGCAGAGGAAACUGAUGGCCUUCACACUACAGGACCUGGUAUGCCUGAAGUGCCGUGGUAUGAAAGAGACCCAUAUGCCUGUGUACUGCAGUUGUGCCGGGGACUUUGUUCUCACCAUCCACAUUGAGGUCUUCAUGGAACAGAUUAGAAUCUUCCAGAAUAUUGCCAAGCACUACAGUAUGUCAUACCUCCAGGAGACCAUAGAAUGGCUGCUACAAACAAGCCCUUUAUCAAACUGUUAGCAAGCCUAGGCAUAAGACAAGGUACUUUAAUGCCUGCUCCAGAUGGCUGAACCACUGACCACCUGACUUUUCCAAACUCAUAACUACAGUCCAGGAAUACCAGAGAGAAUACUUUCAGGGAGCUUCAGGGUGUCAUAAACAAGCAGGAGCAGGGAAUGCCUGUCCUCAGCUGCCUGCUAAAUAAACAUGUUUGAAACUUC